CACUGAGCCCAGCGCGCACACGCACUUGCAUACAGUACGAUCACAGCUGUUGAAAAGAGAGUGCAAGGCAACACCGCGCGUGUCAUUGCGGAAUCUCGGUGGACCGAAACUGGUACCUCUUACGGGGCUCGAUCUCGCAGGAUUGCAAUUUGGAUGUACAGCAAAAAAGUAGUGAAACAAAAGAUUGUUUAUACGGGUCGUCUUGGAUUCUGAAGUGAAGAAGAAACUAUGUUUCAUGACUGGAGAAAUUCUCAGCGAAAUAAAUGACACGUUGAAGAAAGCAUUAAAAAGGUGAAGAUCAGAGCCAAGCACUGAAGCAUGAGCGCAGAUGCUAGCCAUGGGGUGGUGACGACCCCUCCCGCACCCAGCGGGGGACAGAAGGAGAGGUACUUUGACCGAAUUGACGAGAACGACCCCGAGUACCUCCGUGCCAGAAACAUGUCCCCUGACCUCAGGCAGGACUUCAAUAUGAUGGUGCAGAAGAAGAGAGUCACCCAGAUCCUGCAGAGUCCGGCCUUUAAGGACGAGCUGGAGGGCCUCAUCCAGGAGCAGAUGAAUAAGGGAAAUAACCCCACUGGGCUGCUGGCCCUGCGGCAGAUCGCAGACUUCUUCAUGACCAGCACCGUGGCCGGCUUCUCCACCUCCCCCCUCAGCCUGGGGAUGGUCACCCCCAUCAACGACAUGCACGGAACAGAGUCUUCCACUCUGGUGAAGGGGGAGAAGCAGACCCGCUGCAAACUGGCCAGCCUGUACAGACUGGUGGACCUGUUCAGCUGGGCCCACCUCGCCAGCUCCUACAUCACAGUUCGGGUCAGCAAAGAGCAAGACCACAUUCUCAUUAUUCCCAGAGGUCUGAGUUUCGCAGAGGCCACGGCGGCGAAUUUGGUAAAAGUGAACAUCAUCGGGGAGGUGGUGGACCAGGGCUCCACCAACCUGCGGAUCGACCACUCGGGGUUCAGUCCCCACGCCGCCAUCUACUCCAUGCGCCCCGAUGUCCGGUGCAUCAUUCACAUCCACACGCCCGCCACCGCUGCCGUGUCAUCAAUGAAAUGUGGAAUCCUCCCCAUCUCCCAAGAGGCCCUCAUCCUGGGCGAUGUUGCCUACUACAAUUACCAAGGAAGCCUGGAUGAGCAGGAGGAGAGGAUCGAGCUCCAGAAGGCCCUGGGCCCGUCCGCCAAGCUGCUGGUGCUGAGGAACCACGGAGUGGUCGCCCUGGGAGAAACCAUAGAAGAGGCCUUUCAUUACAUCUACAAUGCCCAGUACGCCUGCGAAAUCCAGGUGAGCGCAUUCUCCUGUGCCGGGGGAGUGGACAACUUAAUAGUGCUGGAUGCGGAGAAGUACAAGCCACUGACCCAUGGGGUGGCCAUCGCUGGGGUCAACAUGGGAGGCCAGCACAAGUGGAAAGUGGGAGAGCUGGAGUUUGAGUCUCUCAUGAGGAUGCUAGAUAACCUGGGUUACAGGACGGGCUACGCCUACAGGCACCCCAUCAUCCGUGAGAAGCCGCGGCACAAGAGCGAGGUGGAGAUCCCGGCCACGGUCACGGCGUUCAUGUUCGACGAGGACGAGGGCGUGCCCCGCUUCCCCUUCAAGUUCCUGGCACAGAGGCAGCAGCGCGAGAAGACCAGGUGGCUGAACUCACCCAACAGCUACAUGCGUGUCAGCGUGCCCGGGGCCGGCCAGGCCGAGGACAGCCACACCCGGACCAAGACCAUGUGGAUGAAGUCAGAAGACGCCAGUAAUGGCAGUGGUACUCCAAUUAGGAUCGAGGACCCAAACCAGUUUGUUCCUCUGAACACAAAUCCCACUGAAGUCCUGGAGAAGAGAAACAAGAUCCGAGAGCAGAACCGAUACGACCUGAUGACAGCUGGGCCGCAGUCCCAGCUGCUGGCUGGCAUCGUGGUGGACAAGAAACCCGGACCUGAUGAGGUCCACGUAAAGCCCUUCGUGGUUCCUGACGAGGAGCAGAUGGGUCCCCUGCCUCCAAACCCCUUCAGUCAGCUGUCCGAGAAAGAGCUGGAGGAAUACAGGAGGGCCGUGGAGCGCCGGCAGCUCGGCAUCGAGGAUGCUGAGCACGAGCUAACAUCCGAUGACGGUUCUGCUCUCUCUCAGUCUCAGUCACAAACUCAGUCUCCACAGAUAACUCCGGCGAAAGAAGAGAACCACACGGUCAUGCUGAACGGGAAGGACGACUCGCACGAGGCCGAGGACGAUCUGAGCAAGCGUGUGAGCCAGCUGACCACCAGCGUGGAGAGCGUGGAGAUCACUGUCAAGGGCGGCGAGAAGAUCGAGGAGGCCCUGACCCCCGAGAGCUCCCCCUCCAAAUCCCCUAGCAAGAAGAAGAAGAAGUUCCGCACCCCCUCCUUCCUGAAGAAGAACAAGAAGAAGGAAAAGGCCGAGACCUAGAGAGAGAAAGAGGGAGGAAGAGCUGA